GGAGGCAGACGCGAGGUAGUGGUGGGAGCCCGGCGGAGUGCUGCGGAGCUGAAAUGAAGCGCGCACACACGUCGGCGCCUCACACCGCGCAGCGCCGUGCGGCUCAGGAAGAGGCUCCGCGCCGCUGAAGCUGAAGGCUCCUCCCGCUGAAUGAAAGGGCUCCGUCCAUGCGGAGGCUCGCGCUCCUUCUGCUGCCCUGUGCCGUCGCCGUCCUGCUGCACUUGUGGUUGGCGGAACGACCCUCCCACACGCCGCCGGACAACAACACACACUCGGAUGAAUCGGUACCUUUCUAUGAAGUUCUGGUGGGGGUGCUGUCAGCGAGACAUCAUUAUGAACUGAGACAAACCAUAAGGGAGACCUGGCUCGGCUACCUGCGAGAUCACCCUCACUUCAAGCACAGAGUGGGGGUGAAGUUCAUCGUGGGGAAACAUGGGUGUCCCAUUCCAGAGGAGGACAGAGAGGAUCCCUACUCCUGCUCCCUCCUGAACCUCACGCAGCCAGUGGCGGGCCCGGAUGCGGAGAUAGAGCUCGUGAGGGUGUCCGACCCCUCGCUGCUCGCCCCCUCUGACGCGUCGGCCGUCGCCUUGGAUUUCAAGGUCCUCCACCCGGUGGUGAUCACCAGGCUCGGGGUGUUCCCCAGCGGGGCCCGGCCAGAGUUUCAGAGCAAUGUGACGGUGAAGCUUCUCCAGCUGGACCAGGAGGAGGCUGUGGUGACGGCUCGCUUCAGCGCCAUCAGCACGGGGACCAUGGUCAGCGGGGUGUGGUACAAACCGGUGGAGCAGUUCAUCUUGCCUAAGGGCUUUGAGGGGACGCUGGUUUGGGAGAACAUGGCUUCUGCUGGAUUAACAACAGUCAACUCCUCCGUGCAGCUCAACGAUGGAGGAGGCGUCCUCAAGAUCUCAUCUAUUGCAGAGGGCUUAUUGCCUCAUAGAAGUGCACUUGGAUUUCCCGGAUUGGCUGGAGGCUUCACAUUUACUAUCUAUGAUGAAGACGGCCUGUCGGGGCUCCUGCGGGGCCGCCCGGCCAGGAUGGAGCGCCAUGCCUGCGGCCUGAGGCGGGAGGACGCCGCCCUGCAGCAGGAGAGCCUCCGGCACGGCGACAUGGUGUUGGUGGACGUGGUCGACACCUACAGGAGCGUGCCUUCCAAACUGCUUCAGUUCUAUAAAUGGUCUGUGGGAAACGCCGACUUUAAUCUGCUGCUGAAGACGGAUGAUGAUUGUUACAUCGACGUGGACUCGGUAUUAAUGAAGAUUGACCAGAAGGGUCUCAAGCGCAGCAACUUCUGGUGGGGGAAUUUCCGUCAGAGCUGGGCGGUGGACCGCAUCGGGAAGUGGCAGGAGCUGGAGUACGCCAGUCCCGCCUACCCGGCGUUCGCCUGCGGCUCCGGCUACGUGGUCUCUCGUGACCUCGUCCAAUGGCUCGCCAGCAAUGCGGAUGAACUGAAGGCCUACCAGGGAGAAGAUGUGAGCAUGGGGAUAUGGAUGGCGGCUGUUGGACCACAGAAAUAUCAGGACCCCGGCUGGCUGUGUGAGAAAGAGUGCUACGUGGACAUGUUGUCGUCCCCCCAACACACCGCAGAGGAGCUGCACAUCCUCUGGGACAGGAAGAGGGCCUGCAGAGACCCCUGUGGGUGUCCCUGGGGACACUAAGUUUGAGUUUAAUUCGUUAGUUUUAUGAUAAAACAAUUGGAGAAAUGUGGGGACUAAAUAUAAUGUUUUAGAUUUCAUUGGUUAUUAAUAUUAACAAAGUAGUAUUGAAUACCAACAUGAGAACAUUCGCAGCUUUAGAAUACAUUAAAUACUUGUAACUGUAGCGUUGUGUCAGCAUUUGUUUCAAGCAGUUCUUGUAUUUGAGAUUCAAAAUGUCUUCAAUGGAACAGAGAAAAUGUGGAUGAAGACUCGAUUAAAGGAUGCUUUAGUUAUGUGAUACAGACAAAAACCACAUGCAAUAGCACAUUGUGAUCACAUCAUGUGAGAAUCACUGCUGUAAAACUUUAGCCUGUGAUCAUAUAGCUGUGGACUGCUUGGCAUUGCUAUGUUUUGUAUGAUUGUCACACUCCUUCACGAUAAUGUCUCACAAACACACACACACACACAGCGUGUAGUGUAACUGUCAUUGUGCAAAUAGUGAUCUGGCCUUACUCUAUUUGUGAGGCGUCAUGUAUGUCAACGCUUGUGAUAUCAACACAGAUUUGAGAUAAAAUGUUUGCGACAACAUAUUCUGGAGCUUGAACAAGACGCACUCGUUUACCGCUGGUUCUAUAAAACCCUCACAGGUAAUAAAGUACACUUCAGAGAGA